AUGGACCUGCCCAGAGCUGAACCCUACAAGGGAGGAGUAGAACACCCCGGUUACAACGAGGAGCUACUGCAUAAGACCAUCCUGGUGGGAGAUAGCGGUGUGGGGAAGACAUCUCUACUGGUUCAGUUUGACCAGGGCAAGUUUAUCCCAGGCUCCUUCUCAGCCACCGUGGGCAUCGGAUUCACAGUAAUGCUGUUGGGAGACUCAGGCGUUGGGAAAACCUGUUUCCUGAUCCAUUUCAAAGACGGGACUUUCCUGUCCAAGACCUUCAUAGCCACUGUCGGCAUAGACUUCCGGAAUAAAGUGGUGACUGUGGAUGGUAUGAAAGUGAAACUACAGAUUUGGGACACAGCAGGGCAGGAACGGUUCCGAAGUGUCACCCACGCCUACUACCGGGAUGCCCAGGCCCUGCUCCUGCUCUAUGAUAUCACCAACAAAUCUUCCUUUGACAAUAUCCGGGCCUGGCUAACUGAGAUUCACGAGUAUGCCCAAAAGGAUGUGGUGAUCAUGUUGCUAGGCAACAAGGCGGAUGUGAGCAGAGAAAGGGUAGUCCGGUCAGAAGAUGGAGAGACACUGGCCAGAGAAUAUGGUGUGCCUUUCAUGGAAACCAGUGCUAAGACAGGCAUGAAUGUGGAGCUAGCCUUUUUGGCUAUUGCCAGGGAGCUGAAGCACCGAGCUGGGCAACAGCAGGCGAAUGAGCCCAGCUUUCAGAUUCAUGACUAUGUGGAAUCCCAGAAGAAACAGCCUAGCUGCUGUCCAUUUGUGUGAGAGAAAAGGGGAGGAGGGAGCCUGGGGAGAACUAGCCACUGGGCUUAGUGCUGUUCCCUACCUCCAGACUGAACUCUUAACAUCUUGAGUACUCCAAUGGGGGAAUGAGUCCCCCAACUGAAAACAAGGCACAAAGGGCAGAAGUGAGCAUAAAGAAUGCCAAAGAAAUAAGUUACACAUACACAACAUCCCAUCACUGCUUUCCCCCAGGAGGGACCUAGACUCCUGCAUCAGGCUUACUCCAGGUUUCCCUGCUCCCUUUCUCCCAGUGGUUAUUGUUUCUGGGUCCCUGGUAUGGGUCUCUGGGCAUUUGAGGACCAAAGAUACUUUUAAUUUAAAUUUUGUUCUGGUACCACAAUAGUGAAAACUUUGGAAAAUAAAAAAUUCAGUUCCCUCAGGGAAACAGGCAGAGGCCAGGGGCUGAUAAUCUCUCUAUUACCUUUCAGUUCAGGGCCCCUCCAUCCAAAUUCUCUGGCAAAGCACCCCCCCCCCAGCCAAUUUGUAACUAGAGAGACUGUGGCUUUGUCCCAGCUCACCAGGAGAUUCCAGAAAAGGGCAAUUAGUGGCCACUAUGCCACCUCACUAGACUUUAGCUCAUAAGAGACAGGUAGCCUUGGUACUUUCUGUUUCCCAGAGGCCCAGGGACCACAAUAACCACUGAAUCAUUGUGGUCUAACUUGUAGUGUGAUUCCUAAGCACCAAAAGUCAAAUGAGUGAAAACCUCAGGAGAAGACUCAUGUGAAGGUGUGAACUGGGUUUCAGCUUGUGUGCCUAUGUGUGAGUUCAACUAGCUUUGUCUACCUUCCUUCCCAAGAUCCCCAUCUGAGAAUAAAACAACUCAUUCCUGAUGUCCUUCUCCCCCUCUUGACCUUUUCUCCCCCACCCCAUCUGAGGCACUUGAAAAAAGGGAUUCUGGGCUCCCUCAUCACAUAUUUCUGGGCUUCCUUACUAAAGAGCUUUGAGAGACUAUCCAUGCUGGGGAGUUCCAUCCUAGUCUUCAGUGUCAGUGAGCAGCUGAGAGUCAGGCCAAGGAUUUUCUCUUCUUGACCCAAGGCUUUUGGUAAGUGUGCAACCUCAACAUAUAGCUUCUUAGAGUAGUUUUAGCAUUUCUUUUGGAUGAGGAGGGGGAAGUGAGGAAGUUCUCCCUCCCUUUCUUUUUAAAAAUUUUUUGAUUUUUAGGGAGGCAAACAGAGUUAAGUAACUUGCCCAGGGUCACACAGCUAGCAAGCAUCUAAAGUCGGUUUGAAAUCAGGUCCUCCUGAUUCCGGGGCUAGUACUCUAUCUGUUGGACCACCUAGGUGCCCCUCCUCCCUACCUUUCAUCUCUUCCUUCCUUGAGGAUUGGACCAAAACUGGCCUUCACCCAGACUGCCAAUCUCCCUACCACAUUCAACCAUUCUAAAAGAAACUCCAGGGUUUUGACCUAGAUAAAGUAAACGGAAUGGAGCAAACAGAGACCUGACUCUCCCAUUAACACCUGUCCCAGUCCAUGGCAUUAGGUGCCACAAAGGCUAGAUAGGGUUCCCUUCUUCUUUCAACUCAUACUGAUUCAGGAUCCAGAAGCCUCACUGGGAAUGAGGCUAGAUCAAUUGGGAUUCAGGAGAUAGGGGUUUUUUUUUUUUUUUUUUGGUUUGGUUUGGUUUUCCUGAAUAAGUUACCUGUAUGGCACCAGAUCACCACGGUUAGGGCCUCAGGAGGGUAUCCAAGUGAUUGGUUUCCCAAAGUCCUGUCUCACCUACUGCAGGACAGGUGGACUCUGUAGGUACAAGUACCACAAACCAGUGUCUGACCUGCCCAUUUACCUUCUUCCAGUCAGUCCAAGCUCUUCAUGCCAACCCUGCUUUCUUGCCUCUGUUCCCAUUCCAAUCCAGAUGUGAGCAUGUGACAGUGAGGGAAAGAAGGGCAUUGUAAUUUUGUGUGGCUGCCUCAGUUGGGCUUUCAAGUCAGAGACCAACAACCUUGGCCUACAAUAAGGUGGGCCUUCCAGCUUGGUCUCAGAAAGGUGGCUCCAGAUUUCUUCCAGCCUGAGGGAAUCUUGUCUUGCAUGAAAGUGAUGCUUCUUACUCUGGUUAAUAUUGGCAUUUGUGUGUUUUUCAGAAUUAAACUGCAGUAUUUUGGAGAGUA